ACUAGUGGGGAGUUGGGGAAAUUAUAUCGCUGAUGCUACUAUAUACAACACCGCAGAGUUAAGCAACCCUCCUAGUGCCUCGGAACGCCGUGCGUGGCACUGUGUACUGUGUGUUUCCACCUGUGGCCACAUCUAAACAAUACGAAUUUCAUUUUAGUCUCCCACUGUGUCUACAGUCAGUGCCAAAGUCAAAGUUUUCAUUGGUGUAAUUUGGCGAACAUAAGGAAGUGAUCUAACCUAUCUGGACAACAACAACACAUGAAGUGAUCUCCAGAGGAUAAAAGCUUGCAUCCAGUGGUGUGACCUGACGAAGAAAGAUAAUUUCUACGAGUCAAUUGAAAGUUAUUGGUGAAUGAUUACAAUUUUAUUUAUCCAUUAAUUGAUAUAUCAUGAAUCCGUUGACAAACGUGAAAAAUAUUAAAAAACUCGGCGAGCAAGAACUGCUGGGGGAUCACAAGACAUCAUGGCAUGAUCAGUACAGAGAAAGUGCUUGGAUUUUUGUUGGGGGCUUACCUUAUGAUCUGAGUGAAGGAGACGUAAUAACUAUUUUUUCUCAAUACGGCGAACUUGUUAAUAUAAAUUUAAUUCGAGAUAAAGACAGUGGCAAAUCAAAGGGAUAUGGUUUCUUGUGCUACGAAGAUCAGAGAAGUACUAUUUUGGCAGUAGACAAUUUGAAUGGAAUCAAAAUUCUUGGUAGAACGAUCAGAGUGGAUCAUGUUUCUGAUUAUAAGGCUCCUAAAAUUUCCAAGAAAAGUGAUUCUGCCACGCAAAAACAGAAUGAAGAUUCCAGAGUGCCUUCUAGAGGAGGGCGAGUGCAUACGAAUAAAUGGUAAUCUGUGAUUCUAUGUUUAUUGUCCAAUAAAGGAAUUCCUAUGAAUUUCAAUCAGAACAGAAAAUUUUCUUCGGUGAUGUUUGGAGCUUUUUAUAUAUGAAAUAUUAAAAAUGAUUGAUGCUAGAGAUUCCCAUUUACUGGACUAUUUAAUGAUAAAUCAUCUUACUCUAUAUUUAUUGUUUUUUAUCAAAUGAUUUUGAAGCAAACAACUAGUAAUAAAUUAAUCCAUAUAUUUCAAUUUCUUUCACCACAUAAAAACAAAUAAAACUCCUAAAAAUUUUCGAUUAGAUUCAGUAAAUAAACAGUUAUGAAAUGACGAAGUUAUAGAUACAAUAUAUGUUAUUACUGUGGAAUACAUAAUUUUUAGGUUUUAUAUGAAACGCUACAUAUCAGAAUCCCAUUGAAAAAUCAGAUCACUCAUUAAAAAUAAUUAUCGUGAUUUAAUUAAAAAUUUGGAAGCUCGAUGCAUCACUAGAAUUCUCGAAUUUUUAUUAUGAAAAUAAUCAUAGCUCUCUCGUUGGUAGGUUCUCGUAGCACAAUAGAAUACUUCGAAAGUAUGAGCAAGUAUUCCUCUACACAUGUAUAUAUGUAAUACAGUAUUCUGAGGGGAAAUUUUAUUGUGGCGCAGUCAGACUAUUCAUUCAGUAAUCAAAAAAUAUAUGUAUCACAAUUUGUUAGGUUUCCAUCGAACUGGACGAUCCUUCAAUGAAAGAACUUUCAAUUUCGUUAUAGUUCGACAAAAGAAAUAAAUAACUAAAAAUAAAUAAUAAAAAAACCUUGUUAAAAAUU